UUUCUCUCUCUCUCUCUCUCUCUACAAUUCCUCGGACUUUGGGAGUCUUCUCUUUGAACUGAAAAUGUGAAAAAAACCAGCAUUGUCAGUCAGACGAGAUUAUCACUUUCGAUCGAGCUAAAACAUGGCUACUGAAAACCCAAUGAGAAUAGUCGAUACCGGUGGAGCUGGGAAGUGGGCCCCACCAAGGGGCACAACUUCUUUUGCCACGUCAGCAUCGACUAGUGUAGUGACUGAAGAGCUGGGUUCGCUGCUUAGAGGAGCGCAUAACACUAGCAGAGAUCAAAGCCGAAUAAUUGCUCCCAAUCGUAGUGGAAGUGCACCUCCGAGCAUGGAGGGCUCGUUUGCCACUUUUGGCAAUAAUUGGAGAUUACCAUCAAUUGAUAGUCAUGGUGGUGGAUUUGUGUACUUGCCCACCAGAGGUGGUUCUCUUUCGACUCAUGAAGAGGAGUCUGAAGAUGAUAGAUCAUCGCCCGAAGGAGCUUCUUCAGGUAAUAGGAAAAAGAGUGAUGUCAUCGUGCACGGGCAGAAUACAACAUUGUUUGACAGCCGUCACAAAAGUCUGGUUGAUCUUAUACAGGCAGAUUUUCCUCGAACCCCAUCACCAGUUUUUAGUCAGAAUCAAUCCUCAACAAGCCAUGUUGAAGAACCACUUCACAUUGAUAUUCAAAGCUUGUCGUUAGAUUCACAGCCCGACAAAUCUUCGAAGCAACUCGAACUAGAGUCAAGCAUUGAUCCAGUUCAUGCAUACGAUCAUUUAAAAAACCAAAGGAGGUCUCUUUCUCCACAGAAGGAUAAAUCAAACAGCAACGUUGCAUAUUUUGUUGCUAAUGAUUAUCACGAGAAAAAUGAUUUAGGAUUUGACGAGCUGAAUGAAGUACGUGUAGAACAAACUCACUCCUCGGUCGAGAUGCAGCCUCUUCUUCCUUCUCCUGGGGCCUUACCUCCCAUUUAUGCAACAACUGCAGCAUAUAUGGCUCCUGCAAAUUCAAUUUACGCGAAUUUCAGCUCGUCUGGUUUAUACCCACAGUAUAGUGGAUAUGCUAUGGGCUCCUCGUUUAUUCCUCCAUAUUUGGCCGGAUAUUCGCCUCAUACGGGUUUCCCUAUGCUGUUUAAUGCUAAUUCCGGGCAAAGUUUUAGCAGUCAAAUUGCUUCUGUUCCUAAUAGUGAAAAUAUCCCAAAAGGGUCUCCUGUGCAGAGCUUGAACAGAUUCUAUAACCAACAUGGACUAACAGUGCACCCGAAUUUUCCGUAUUUUCAACAAGCUGUGCAAGAUCCAUAUGGCUUCCCCAUGCAAUAUAGCAAUGUACCAUCACCUAGUAGUGUGAUUAGUAAUCAAGUUGAUUCUUUUGCUUUGCGAGAUAGCUCAUCUACACCUACUGCUUACUCGACUGACCAGAAUUUACAGUUAUCUCCGAGCAGGAAAAUGGGAUUUGUGCCUCAGUUUCAAACAUCGCCUCUUGGCAGCCCGGUUUUUCCGGAAUCUCCAGUUGGAGGGGGUAGUUUUGGAAAAAGAAGGUAUGAUUUUGGGUUUUCUCAAAGUUCCCCCAGAAAUUCUGGUGGUUAUUAUUCUAAGUGGAGGGGAGGACAAAUGGGUUCGGAUGGCAUUCAUGAAAACAGAAAGCAUUCGUUUCUUGAAGAACUGAAAACAAAUUAUGGUAGAAGAAUUGAGCUCUCUGAUGUUAUCGGUCGUAUUGUUGAUGUCGAUCAACAUGGGAGCCGGUUCAUACAACAGAAGUUGGAGACUUGUAGCGUUGAGGAAAAAGAGUCGGUUUUCAGGGAAAUUAUUCCGCAUUGUUCGAAAUUGAUAACAGAUGUGUUUGGCAACUAUGUUAUUCAAAAGUUCUUUGAAUAUGGGACUUGUGAGCAAAGGAAGGAGCUUGCAAAUCAACUAUCAGGAAAAAUGCUAACUUUAAGUCUACAAAUGUAUGGUUGUCGUGUUAUACAGAAGGCUCUGGAGGUUAUUGAGGUUGAACAGAGGGCCGAACUUGUAAGAGAACUCGAUGAGCAAGUGAUGAGAUGCGUUCGAGAUCAAAAUGGAAAUCACGUCAUACAAAAAUGUAUUGAGUGUGUUCCAAUUGAGAAAAUUGAUUUCAUGAUAUCUGCCUUUAAAGGCCAAGUGGCUGGACUGUCGACACAUCCUUAUGGUUGUCGAGUUAUUCAGAGAAUUUUAGAGUAUUGUUCAGAUGACUCGCGAUGUCGAUUAAUAGUGGAUGAAAUACUGGAACGUGUAUAUGAUUUGGCUCAUGAUCAGUAUGGAAACUAUGUUAUUCAGCACGUUCUAGAGAGAGGAAAACCAUCUGAGCGGAGACAGAUUAUCGACCGAUUUUCUGGGAAUAUCGUGCGGAUGAGUCAGCAUAAAUACGCGUCAAAUGUUGUUGAAAAAUGUCUGGAAUUUGGCGAUGCUGCCGAACGAGAACUCUUGAUCGAGGAGAUUCUCAUGCAGCCCGAGGAUAACGACAAUCUACUGGGAAUGAUGAAGGACCAGUUUGCAAAUUAUGUGGUCCAGAAAAUUCUUGAUAUUAGCAAUGAGGACCAGAGGGAAAGGCUGCUCGGUAGAAUCCAGCUUCAUAUCGUUGCCUUAAGAAAAUACACGUAUGGAAAACACAUUGUUGCUCGAUUUGAACAGCUAUCUUCUGGCCAAGGUUACCAACAAUUUUCGAAACUCAUCCUCGUCACACGGAACAGAAAGGAUCUUGGUGGGGAUAAGGAAUCUCCGGCUGUCGGGCCCCACAUAAACUGCAACGAAUCCUCUCGGGAUAUGAGCCGAGAUCUUCCCAUUCUUGCUUUUAUGCCUCGAAUUAUCAGAGAUCAAUUGAUCAUC